CAAACAUCCGGCCAAUAUCGGAACACUUGACGUAAACGCAGCAGACAAGAUGAAACUAAGCGUUUUUGAGGACAAACUACUGCACCGCUCUCCAUGUAACGUGCUAUGCUGACUGGGUUCUUGGAUGUAUUCAAUACUGAUGAGAAGCAAUGAUUCCGGCCAGUCCGUGCUGUUUUACCAGUUGGUUGGCUAUUGUCUCUAAAAGCGCUUGACACCGGCACGCCUUCCACAAACCAAAUAAUGCCGUUCCAACAGCCGCGUGUGGCAAACUUUCGGGGCGCAGACCUGGAGCAACUGGACUGCUACUGGCUCCACGGCUAAUUUUUAGGGGGAGCUAACAGCUAGGCUAGUGUUGUCAUUCUCUGGGCACUGACAAGAACGCCAAUUUGAUCAUCGUGAAUGGAGACGUUUCGGCUUUAAACCGAGCGGGCCUCGUCAGUUCCUCCACAAUGCUUAUUUGCGCAAAACAGCUAUAGCCCGAAAUAGCUGUCAAAAGGCAGCAGCCGUCGCCGUCCGCCCGCCCAGAGAGCUUCUUUGGCCGCGGGCUGAUGCAGCGAUGCGGCACCACUGGAUGUUCCUCGGGGCUUGCGGCUGGGUGCUGCUCAUCCUUGUGUUUGCGACCAAGUUCAUUGGGCACAGAGGUGUCGAAGAAUAUGAGGAGCGAGUUGGUAGUCAAAACUUGACUGUGUCGGGACCAACAACAGGAAAGGUUUCCCUGUCCACUGCAGGAAACCCGGUUUUGCAGGAUCCAGACCAGAUGAGGGCUCAGUCCUCAGCCGCUUCCAAGAUGCAUGAGUGGGACUCCAUUGUUGAGAAGCGGCUACAACUGCUCUCUGUUGGAUGUAAAAACAGAAGCCUGGAGAAUUUGACUCACAUCCCCAUCAGCAAGUUUGUCCUGGACCGCAUCUUUGUCUGCGACAAGCACAAGAUCUUGUUCUGCCAGACACCUAAAGUGGGAAACACACAGUGGAAGAAGGUCCUAAUCACCCUCAACGGAGCUUUUUCGGGUGUGGAAGAGAUCCCAGAGAACCUCGUCCAUGACCAUGAGAAGAACGGGCUGCCUCGCCUCUCAUCGCUGACGCCGCAGGAAAUUACACACAGGUUCGAGACUUAUUUUAAGUUUUUCAUCGUGAGAGAUCCAUUUGAGCGCCUCAUCUCUGCCUUCAAUGACAAGUUUAUAAAGAACCCCCGUUCUGAGCCUUGGUAUCGGCACGACAUCGCUCCCGUCAUCAUUCGCAAGUACCGCAGAAGCCACCGUGACAGUGACCAAACGGUGCCCGGCUUGCACUUUGAGGAUUUUGUACGCUACCUGGGGGAUGUGGAAGGCCGGCGCCGCUUGGAUCAUCAGUUUGGCAAGGACAUCAUCCACUGGAUGACCUAUACGGAGUUGUGCGCACCGUGCGACAUCCACUACGACGUCAUAGGCCAUCACGAGACACUGGAGCGGGACGCCGCCUACAUCCUGAGUCGAGCGGGCAUCGAGCACUUGGUGUCCUACCCGGCCAUCCCUCCUGGCAUCACACGUUAUAACAAGACAAAAAUCGAGCGCUACUUCUCAGGAAUAAGCAAACGAGACAUCAAGCGCCUGUACGCGCGCUUCCAGGGGGACUUUCACUUAUUUGGAUACUCCAAACCUGACUUUUUACUCAACUGACGUGAAUUCUUCUGACCGUCGCUAUAACGACAUUUGUCGCUAACAAAUGAAGUACGUGUCACUUAUUGAUUACAACAAAUGCAAUCCAUUGUUGUUUUGUAGCACUGAAGAUCGUUUCUCUACACUGUAUGGAUGGGAAGGUCUGAGCAUAUCUAUCAAAAUGAACUUUUAUACCGUUUUUUGUACACUUGAAGGAUUGUGAUUGAAUGGUAAUAAAGUGAAGAAGCAAAGAGACAGAUCAUUAUUGAAA